AUGACCGCGAAAAGUCUCGAAGUUCCAAGCUAUACAACCGAGGUCGAUAUAUCUGGUGAGUGUCUGACCGAAUAUGUGCCCAACAAAAUUGGCCCAAGCACAAUUGAAUUGGUAAAACGAAAGUACACGGCUGGAUGCAACAGACGAUUUGGUUAUCGAACUAGUUUACAACUACACUCCACACAACCACCGAAGCGGUCUCAGAAAAUUCCCUUUUUGGAUGGAUCGCUUGUGUGCGUGCAACUGAUUGAAACGAAAGCCGGUGUUCUAAAUUCCACUUGUGAGGAAACUGUCAUAAUUGCACAACACUCGGAUACGACGGACAGGACAAGUUUACAAGUGAAAACGACACUAACUCGGGUGGAAAUUGAGGAUGGUCAAUGGAAUGACAGCGAUCAAGCAGAUUUCACCGGAGCCACCGAUUUGACAUUUAACUUUCGCGGAUAUCAGGAUGGAUUCCGCGAUGUGACCGGAGGAGACCAAUCCGAAUUUUUGCAACUUCUACGUAAGCUUCAACAGAAGAAUUGUCCACGUUCGAUGUAUAAGGCGAUUAAGCAAUCAAGGUCUUUCGGCAGUGCGGAACACAGCGAAAUCGUCAAACAAGUGCUGACUGGAAGCUAUGGUGAUGUGCGUAAGACGUACGCGGAGAUCUUGAUUGAGACCGGGACCGUGGCAGCCUUUGAUGUGUUGUGCCUGAACCGAGCUGAACUCGACUUGUCCCUGUCGGAUGUGUUGACGGCUUUGAAAAACAUCGAAACCCCAACGAUCAAAUUGUUGGAUAGCUUAGAUAUUCUAUUACGAGACAAUCCGGCUGCGCUUGUUCCAUUACCGAUCAGUGAGGCCGUGCACAAAUUGUGUCUCCAAAAUUCAAACUGCCAGAAUAACGCCAAGCUGCAUUCCAUUGUGGGGAAUUUACUUCGACCAAUCGAACAGACUGAAUGUGUGUACAACGGAAACGAAGAAAUGAAUAAGAUAAUUGUUGCCUUCCACGCCUUGGGUAAUAUCGGAAGAUUCAUAGAUCAAAGUCGGAUUUCCACCAUUUUUUCCAAAUGUUUGUCCAAUUCGGACCUGGAUGUUAGCGUACGUGUGGCUGCCAUUGAACUCCUUCGGCUGACGGAAUGUGACCCACAAAAUGAGGGUGUACUUCGCACGUAUAUGUCAGAUCCGCUGGUCGAUGUGGAACUCCGAAUCAUGGCUUACAGAUCCUAUAUGCGUUGUCCAGAGGCCGACAAACUGGAAGAAAUGAUUCAAUUUUUGCAGAAUGAAUCCUCGCAGCAGUUUGGAUCGUACGUUUUAAGUCAUUUAACCAAUUUGGCCAGCAUAACCGGACCAACGGCUCAACCAUGGGCAAAGUACAUUGGUCCAUUUGAGAAACAUAUUGCGCAAUUUCGAAGACGAUUUCGACUCAAUCGACGGUCCUUCUCCAAACAUUAUGCAAGCUUCUAUCACUCCAAGAACAUUGGUCUAAACAUUGAAACUUCGGUCAUUUUUGGCCCGGAAAGCCCCAUUCCACGGUAUGUCACAGUGAAUCUGACGCUAGAUAUGUUUGACGGUCAAUCAAACGUUCUUGAGUUUGGAAUUCGCAGUACCGAACAAAGGCGUAUUUGGACCAACCUUUUGAAGCCUACUCUCACGGGGCUUCCAGCAUCUUUGGACGAACUCGAGCAAAAGAUCGACCAGGACAAGGCAGAUUCUAUGAAUGAGACCGUACAUAUCCGCUUCCGUUUCAACGGACACAAUUGUGGUUUGAAAGAUCUAAUUUUGAGCAUGUACGCGUGA